AGAUGUCUAAAAGUCAUUCAGCCCAGCCCUGUCGAGACCUCCCCACCCCAGCAUCUAGAUGCUAGCCCCCGGAGAUUUUAGAAUAUCAAAAGAUACCUAAUGUUUAGACACCACCCAAUACCCUAUGUUUGAACCAAAUGGCUGGUGUUUGAACCACAUGCCUUAGGCUUCAAAGAUAACUUUUAGGCUGUUUUUAGCGCGAAAAAAUACGACACCACGCGAGUCAUACGGCUACAAAAGCUAAGCAAAACAGGUCCCCCCUGUUAGCUUCGUUUUCGCGCAUUUACCCUACAGCAUUCCCCCAGGAAUAGUUAUCGGACGGACCCCGUUAAAAAAGAUCAUCUGGUAAAAACCCUCCUCAUGGAUAUUUCUCAAGAUUCUCAAACCUUCACUCAGAUUCUCCGAGAUAUAACUGAACUCGAACCGGCCGUAGGGUCUCCGGAACAAAUUGCUUACAUCCCAACGCCGACCCUGAAUUGUACGGAAAUACCUCCUAGAACGGGUGCCAUAGGGAGUCUACACGGUUUCUGUGAAGGAUAUGCCUACGAGACAAUUGUGCCCUACUCCCAGGAUGUAUUUACACACAAGCCGCAAACAGAGACUUUAAACGGCCUGUCAACUCCCCUGACCCAGGACCGCUGGACGCCCCCUAUUAAACACCAACGGACAAUCAGGGCCCAGAUCCACAGGUCCGCUUCACCCGAACAAUACUACUGGGAGGGUAUUCACGAGACAGCGUUACAAGGACAAGGCUCACAAGCUACAGACCAGGCAGAUGCUAUAAUUAGGGUUGCCCAAAGACAUGUUCCCGAGUUCUCAGAGCUUCUUCAGAACAGCCCUCUUCAAAAAAGCCGAGACUCCUCGCCUGCUUAUAAAGACCUCCAAGAAGCUACACAUCUAGAUCCCGAGGAGGCGCCAAAGACCCCAGUCACCAGAACAGCGAAGCCUGAUGAUUUCAAAGUUUUAAAUGACAUUUCUGAGGUAGACGAUUUGAUGUUCUGUGAAGUGGCCAACCUUAUUGAAGCGGCCAAUUCUGGUGGGGCAACAGCCUCUUGUGAAAUAGACCAAGCCGUGCUUUUCAAGGCUUUUACACAGGGUUUAAAAUCACGAAAGGCUUUACUUCAACGUCGUAUGGGUAUUCUAUUCGAACAUCAAUACAAUCAGGAUGUGUCAUUCUGGCGUAGAGAGCUUCCCCGCAUGUUAAACAACAGUAGGGUUAAAACAAGCAAAUACCUCCGUUAAAAAACACAUAUGUAAAAAAACACAAGCACACACAUCCUUAAGUAGAGAAAUGGCGCCCCCUAUAGACCUAAGCGAGACAAUUGAAACCCUCUUAGCGGAAAUCCCUACAGAGCUCCAAGAUAUAAUUAACCAUAUGAAUGAUUCUGGGCUAAUUGACAUAGGGGCUAUAGAUGAAAACCUAUUAUCACAGAUUCCCUCCGAACUCAUUGAAAUUAUUACACGUAUGAAUGAGUCAGGGUCUGCAGAUGAAAACAGGUUAUCACAGAUACCCGAAUCAAUCAUAUCUUUAAUUACCCAGAUGAACGAGAGCCCAAGGUUUAAUUCUGCACCCCCUACACCUCUAAGCCAUCCUUUAACACCCUUGUUCGAAGAGGAAACCCAAUACGAUGUUUUUGAACAGCUGAACAAAUGUCUAUCAAAUCUGGAGCGGGAAGGUCUUGAUCACAAUGUACAGAACGAAAGCCCUAGGUUUAAUUCUGCACCACCUACACCUCUAAGCCAGCCUUUAACACCCAUGUCUGAAGAGUCUGAAACCCAAUACGAUGUUUUUGAACAGUUGGACAAUUGUCUAGCAAAUCAGGAUGGGGAUGGUCUUGAUCGCAGUGAACAUGUUUUGUAUCGAAAUAAAUUCCACAAUAUUGAGGUUCGACAGUUUUUCAAUUUCGCAUGGGGGGGUCAGAUUCGGGAAUAUGCUGUGUUUUACGUAAUGCUUAUGGACACUUUGAAUGAACUGGUAGAUAGAGUUAGAGCUUAUAGCCAACCAAGGGAUACCUUACAGUUGGAAAUCUUUGGAGACAGUCUGCAGAGCCGUGUGUCGCUUAUUUUAAAUAGGGGUGAAGCAGAUCUUGAACAAUUUGUUAACCUGCUAGAACGCCUUGUUCAGUCAAAUUUAAACGUGCUAGCAGAUAGGACCCUCGAACUUGUAGUACAAUUAGUCCGGCCACCACAAGGGGGCGGCGGGCAGAGACGUAAACUCGAUAGCCUGAUGCAGUCCGAAAUCAUAAGCAAUAAAAAGGCCUACCUCAUAAUCGUUCACAAUCAUGGUAAUAAGCUAUGCUUUGCCAUAGGUUUGGCCCACUUACUCAGCCCAGGAUGUACAGAGCGCGAAGCGUUACAGAAAGCUCAAGAGCUACAAAAGGCUGUGGGUUUAGGUAUACAGGAGGCUGUGGCUUUCUCCGACAUAGGCAAAUUUGAAAACUUUCUGAAUAUCAAGAUUGUGGUUUUGUACCACAGCAGGGCUAAUGACGCGCUCCUGAAGUUCCAAAAUAUACAAGAGCCACACCCUAAGACUAUGUACUUUUAUGUGCAAAAUGAGCAUUACUAUGCCGUAACUAACAUCACAGCAUUUUUAGGCGCCCCAUAUGUCUGUCCAGCCUGUCAUACCGGCUACACCCGCAAGGGGGGGCACUCGUGCCGUUAUAACUGUUCAGUAUGUCUGGAUAAACAUUGCCCUAUGCAACCGCUAAACUUGACACCCUGUGAGGAUUGUCACCGCACAUGUCGUUCGGCCUACUGUUACGAAAAACACAAAACUGAAACAUGGCACCCCAAGGCCUGUAAAUCUGUAAGCAUUUGUGACAUUAACAAGAAAUGUCCAAAAUGUCAUUGCAAUUACAACCUUAAAAUAGACAGCCCUAAACCCCAUGUUUGUGGAAUCAUACAUUGCCCAAUCUGUAAAGGGCCCUUGAAAAGCAGAGACGCAGAAGUUGUUCAAGAAGUACCACAUGAGUGUUACAUUCAGCCCCUGGCUGAAGAUGAACAUACAGAGAAAUAUGUUUUUUAUGAUUUUGAGACAAAUCAGCAAUCAGGGGUUCACUUGCCUAUUUUUGUAUCUACCAUGACUUUCACCGGUGAAAAGUGGUCGGCCGAGGGGCCCGAUUGCGCCCGACUCUUUCUAAAACAUUUUAGAAAGGCCCAGUACAGAAACUUCACGUUUAUAGCUCACAAUGCGCGCGCCUAUGACUCCUAUCUGCUUCUGAACCCUUUGAUACAGCAAGGCGUGGCGCCCAGUGUCAUUGCUCAAGGGAGUAAAAUCUUAUGUUUUGUUGACCACGCCUUCAAACAGAGAUACAUUGACAGUUUAAGCUUCUUACCCAUGAGAUUGGCUCAAAUGCCAGAGGCCUUGGGUUUUGAAAACUCGGUCAAAGGCUAUUUCCCCCACUUCUUCACAUCUGAGGAGAAUCUACAUUAUAUAGGAGCUUAUCCAGCCCCCGAAAUGUACGGUUGUGAUCAAAUGUCUACCAAGGAGCGUGAGAAAUUCAUGACUUGGUACGAGACAGUAAGACAUGGAACUUUUGAUUUUCAUAAAGAGAUGGAAUCAUACUGUGACAAUGACGUGGUUAUACUACGUGAAGGAUGCCUCAGAUUCAGAGAAGAGGUUAUCAAAGAUGCAGGCAUUGACCCCUGGAGCUGUACAACUAUUGCAUCCGCGUGCAUGAAAACCUAUCGUACACACUAUCUAACUCCAGCAUCUAUAGCGAUCCCAUCGCCAGACAACUACCGACGACAAUUCAAGGCCUACUCUAGUGGCUCCAUUCAAUGGUUGGAGUACCUAGCCCAGGAUAAAAAUGUUUUUAUCCAACAUGCUUUGAAUCGGGGGGAGAAGGCUUUUGGGCCUUACCAUGUAGAUGGAUACACACAGAUUGACGGUGUUGAGACAGUGUAUGAGUACAACGGUUGUUUCUUCCACGGUUGUAAAUUAUGCUUUGUCCCCCAGGCCAUGUGUGUCCUAACCCAAAAGACUUUUGGGGAAAUGUACCAAGAGUUUCAAGACAAACUGAAUUCUUUAAAGGCUACAUACGGGUUAAAAGUUGUGGUUUUGUGGGAACACGAAUGGACAGCCCUGAAAAAGGCGGAUCCUCAUGUUCAGGCCUUCCUUACCCAAUAUGACCCUCCAGAGCCCCUGGAACCGAGACAGGCCUUGUUUGGAGGCAGGACCAAUGCUUUGACAUUGCGUUAUGUAGCUCAACCCGACGAGACAAUAGGCUAUGUAGAUUUUACAUCCCUAUAUCCUCAUGUAAUGAGUUCCUCAUGCUAUCCUAUAGGGCAUCCUGAAAUUAUUCACAGCGACUUUGACGAACCCCAAAAUUAUUUUGGUUUAAUCAAAGCGACUGUCUACCCUCCUAGGGGUCUGUUUAUACCUGUGCUGCCUUACAAGGGGUCUAAAGGAAAACUUUUCUUUCCCCUUUGUCGCACAUGCUGUGAAAACAACA